GACGGUCCACAGCUGAUCGUUACGAUGAACUUCAGACAGAGGAGAAGCUAGUGAAUCCUGGAGCUCCAUGGGAGCAGCAUCGAGGAGCAGAAGACUCUGAGUCCCCUUGGUUCAGGGAAGAGGUCAGCAGGAUGGUGCCACCGCCUUCCACCAACAAGCCACACGUUUGCUUGUCCACUAUCAUCAUCAUGAGCAGCAUGGCACUGAUGGAUGCCUACCUAGUGGAGCAGAACCACGGCCCGCGAAAGAUCGGCAUCUGCAUCAUGGUGACGGUGGGAGACCUCUGCUUCCUCAUCGUGCUGCGGUACGUGGCGGUGUGGGUCGGGGCUGAAGUGAGGACGGCAAAACGAGGCUACGCCAUGAUACUUUGGUUCCUUUACAUCUUCGUCUUGGAGAUUAAGGUGUAUUUUGUUUACCAGAACUACAAGGCUGACCGUAAGAGCCUGGACACAUUGGCUCGGAAAGCUCUGACGCUCCUGCUCUCCGUCAGUAUUCCCGCGCUCUUCUUGAUCCUGGUCGCUAUCGACCACAUGGAGUACGUGAAGGCUUUCAAGAAGAAGGAGGAGAUCAGAAACCGUUUGUUCUGGGUGGUGGUGGAUCUGUUGGAUGUUCUGGACAUCCAGGCCAACCUGUGGGAGCCGCAGAAGAAAGGGCUUCCGCUCUGGGCCGAGGGACUGAUGUUUUUCUACUGUUAUAUUCUUCUUUUAGUGCUGCCUUGCGUGUCUCUGAGUGAGAUCAGCAUGCAAGGCAUUAACAUCAGUCCUCACAAGAUGAUGCUCUACCCCAUUCUGAGUUUGGUGACUAUUAACAUCGUCACUCUCUUCAUCCGUGGAGGGAAUAUGCUCCUCUAUAAGGACAACAGAGUGUCUGGGAUACUCAUGGCCAAGAACAUCCUCGCCAUCGUUCUGAAGACGUGCAGCUUUGUGCAGUACAGGAGACAGUUGCAGAGCGCCCCGCCUGGGUUUGGAGUGGAAUUACAGAAGAACUUUGUGGCGUCGGGUCGAUCCGGUCAGACUCCUCCACAGGGGGCGCUGCAGGAGCAAACGCCGCUGCCCGAGGUCACCAGGUGUGAACAUACGUGACCCGGAAUCUGAAGACUACCUGCACAAAGAAACAUCUCUGAUGAAACAAUGUGGAUGUAACAUAUUGCUAGCUUCAUUGUUUUCAUCCGAGAGAAAUACAAGUGGAGCGUAAUGGAA